CAGGGGCGGACUGACAAUUCAUGGGGCCCCCGGGCAAUAGGGGAUCAUGGGGCCCCUGUGUCCUUGCCCAAACUCAAAAUAGCCUAUGGAAAAGGUACCAGGGGCAUCUAAUGGGGCCCCCCCCCUACUGAGUGCCCGAGUUUCCAAAUGGUCAGUCUGCCCCUGCCAACGACCCUAGUACUGCCAGGCAGAAGUGCUAACCAUUUAGCCACUGUGCUGCCCAGAUACAUCAUGCUUACUUCCCUUCAACAUCCUAUAAUUCCCUGGAAUUUAUUUUAUUCUUUC